GCGGGAUUUCAACGAGUCCCAGGAAUUCCCUUUUGUUCGCUGGAGUAAAGACAGUGCGCAACUGUGAAUGCAUUGUUUUGCGUUGGAAUUUCACGCUACAUGCGCAGAAAUGGUACGGCGGGAUUAAGUUUAGCUCCGAAGCACCGAGCAGACAACAGCGGGUUUGUCAUCCGCAAGUAAUCGAAGGAGCAAAGUGAACGAGUGGCUUUCUCCGUGAUAGGCAGUGUAAUUAAGCCCGAGCCGCAGCCACACAGCCGGCGCUUGAAUUCGUCAAACAACCUUUUUGUUUUGCACUUCCUCCUAUCAACCAUAUUGGGCAGUUCGGAUGUUCAAAAGAACGGAAUUGCAAAUAACGAAUAACAAAGCAGCCCACCCGAGAAACAUCUGCGAAUUCGCGGGAAUGGAAACAAUGAACUGAACGAAAGCUGUUGGUAUUAACUGGUCUGAAUUAGCGAAUAUUGUACAAAAAAGAAAGCAAGACUAUUUAUAUUAAGUUUUUUUUACGCGGCCGCCCAUGCUUAUAGGGGGUUGCGAUGAUGGAGCAACAGAAUGAUUUAAGCGAGAGCAAAACUGCUCGGUCCGCUCCCGUACCAUUGCCGCGCCCAAGACAGCACGUGAAUCAGGAGUUGAACACACAACAAUCGACAGCCUAUGUGAACGUAACUGUAGAACCCAUUCCUUCGAAUAACAUACCCGUACCGACACCGAGACAGCGUACAAAAAUUGUGAUAUUUGACGAGCAGCAAAAGCCGAAGGAAGGCACCGAGUGUGCACAGGAUGCACAUUAUCAGAACGUCGUUAUCGUGCGUCCUGCACCGCCAAGCCCGGCAAAACUAAGCCAAGACGCAGCGGCCCGUAAAACUGUAUCGAAUGAGUCCGGUGGUUUCCCGGCCCCUGACACAUCGCUAAAAGACAACCUAAGGGAGUUGAAGCUACAUAACGAGCUUCGUAAUUCCGGCACGAACCAACGUGCUUCAGAUACGGUCGAACAACCGACCGAUGAGCGUACAGAGGAAGAAAGACAGUCGCCGGUGGAUGGUAAGUACAAAACCUUAUCCCCAGGUGAUCUGUUCAAAACCAUCGGUGCUGCGUCGCGCAUGCUUACCGAAUCGAUUGGUGAGCGGGUUGCGCACAAAACGAAGAAGGUUGCACAUAACGUCCGCAACACCGGCACGAGCCUGGUGGCUUGGGGUCAAGAAUCGCGUAAGAGUGCCGCCGGCAAGCUGCUUAAAAGCGUGGGUGCUAAACCAGAAAAGACGGCCGGAACGGAACAGACUGUUGGAACGGAGCAGACUGCUGGAACGGAGCAGAAAGCGAGCCGCAAAUCGAAGAGCGCAUCGAACAGUCCGAAAACGGCACGUCCACAUUCGCUCGCCUCGCCGGAUGUGAUUGGAAAGAUUCGUUUUGAUAGUCCACUGAUGAAUAAUGCCGUUGCUGCGGGUGGUGGACCGUCGCGCACAGUUCAGGCAACGUACGAUAUACCGAAGAAAAGCAAUCAACUUACCAACGUACGAUCAGCGGAUUCGACGCCAACGUCUACGGCACCGUCGUCGCACGGUGGUAGCGUACGGGUAAGCAGCAGCAGUUUGGCCUCGUCCGAAGGUGCCGAAAAUGCACGUGGACGGUUCGAAAGAAAUGCACCCGCCAGCCAAAGUCUGUACAGUCGCGUCAUUCCGAAGCGUAAUCGGGGAGCAACGGGCACGAACGAAGUGGUCGUACCGCCACCGGGACCACUAGCACGCACCAGCAAGAACAAGAGUGAAUCGAACCUGUACGAAUCGAUCUUUUACAUCGGCCCACCGACAAUGACGGAGAGCAAUGUGAAUGAUGGAGUAUACGGGAAGCUUAACAUUAUACCGCGCUCCAAAAUUUCCAGCUCGAGCAGUAGCCUUUCGGAGCACGAAGCGGUUGGAUCGGAAGAGGACAAUACCGUACACGAGACGAUCCGGAGCGGUGUGCGGGUACGUGACAAAGCAGCACCACCCAUUGCGAAUUCGCCGAAAGCCACACGUCCCGCCAUUACUCGUCGCAUAUUUUCACGUCGUCUAUCAGCUGGCGAAAUGGAACAACAGCAACAAAACUUACGAUCAGAUUCGUGGAAUUUUUAUGACGUUACAAAUACCGCUGCAUCCGGGAGCGCGAGCACUUGCGAUGCACGUAAGCAGGAGGAGAAAGAGAACGAAGAAGAAGAUGAAGAGGAGGAUGAGGAAGUGAUUAGCAUUUCGCAUAUAAGCACACCGGAACCGUUUUACGAGAAUAGCGAACCGGGGCAAAUGCCAGUACCGAUUUCUGUUCAGCUUGCGCAAAUGCGUACGUUCGAUGUGCUGCAACCGGUACCGAUCGGUGUGGAAGGCGUCCAUCAGCGGCACGAUUACGACGAGGUAUCGAUUGCGGACAUUAUAGAUGAGUUCGAUCCGUUGGCCGGUACCGUGAACGUUGGUGCGGCACUGGAAGCCAUCAUCGAGCAGGACGGCAGCAGUGGACAUGACAAGCAGGACGGCAACUUGGCACUGAUCGAGAAUCUGCUCGGUGCGGAAUCUUACAGCCGGAUGCCGAAGCGUUUGUCGGGAAAGUUGCCUACGGAACGUUGUCCAAAACCACCGCAACGUUCGGAUUCGUUGCACGUGAUGGGGACGUUUACGGUUGCAGCAGGCGAUGCUGUUGCAGCGGAGACGGCAACACCAAUGGUAGCACCGGUGCGUGCAGUACCUGCAAAGCCGGUGCGCCGGAAGGUAAAUUCCACCAGCAGACCGGUGGAACAAACUGUCAGUCAGAUUAUUCAUCAAAAUCUAAACCUUCCCGCGGGCAGUGUGUACAACUUGGUGGAACUAGAGGAACGAUUGAUUGAACCACAUCUUGCGCAAACUGGUGACGAUGAGUCGGCGAAUGGAGAUGUACCAGUGGAUUUGAGCUACCCACGGGAACCACAAACGAACUGGUAUGUGGGGGAGGACGAGGAGCAACAAACAGCUCAAGGUCAAGUUCGGUUAAAUACCAACCAUUACAGAAAGCGCGUAACGGUGGAUCCUAUUAAUGAAAAUCGUCCCGCUAACGCAAGUGCCGAACCCGUUGAGAAAGUUUCCAAAUCACCGUUUAUGCCGGAGGCUUCGAGUAGCAGUAGUGGUCGUCCUACCCGUGAGGAAGAAGGUUUAAUUGACGAUGGACGAACGUCCUAUCUGCCUACCUAUUUCGAAGCGAUCGGUGGUACUGAUCCACUUUUCGAACGGGGACUUGCUGGAUCACCUGCCGCAACUGCUGCUGCCAGUCCUGCUGGUGGCACUACCGGUGCCAUUGCCAAAUCGUCUAGCGUCGCUACAAAGCUGCUGAAUGUGCUGAAGCGCAAACCAAGCUUCAACAAAGGUACCGGCGAACACAAUUCCACCGUACUGACUACGCUAGAGAUGGUACCGAAGCCGAAGCUGACUGAGCGGCUUAUAUCGCACAAAGGGCACGUGCUGAAGUUUCCCUCCGGCAAGAUCGGUGACGUGUUGAACGAACUGUCACCCAGGUCGGUGGUGUUGCGGGAACGCAUCUUCCAGACGUAUCUUGAUCCGCAGCAAACGCUGCCGAAGGAGGCGAUCCAUCUACGCCACAUCCUGUCGGUGCAGAGCAUACUGCAGCACAAGUUUGCCGGUGAGGGAAGGCUCGAUCUGCACUGCUUCGAGGUGGUGCUCGGCAUACCGAAGGGUGCCAGCUCAUCCAUCACGAGCGGUGGUGGUGGUGGUGGCGGUGGGGCGGGUUUAUCCGCACUCGCUGCUGCGUCGAUGUCUACUAAUCCGGAUUUGCUGAUAACGAGUGGCUCUAGUGCGAACGUGAAGCUCGCACGCCAGUCGUACAUGUUCGGCACGCACAAACGUUCCGACCGGAACCUUUGGAUGGCGAAAGUGCUCCAAUCGGUGACGGAUGUAUUUGGUGGCGAGAGUGAUCUACUGCGCGAAUUUCUGCGGGCCGGUUGGUGUUAUGCGAAAAAGUCCGUCUCGGCACCCUGGUCCGGUGCCUGGUUGCUGCUGGCGAAACGAAAGCUGUACCUGUACAGCUUCACCGACAAUCGGUUGGAGGAGCUGGAUCUGCGGAAGGCCCGGUGUAUCGGAGUUGUCGACAACGAACCGGAAACGAUCGGUACACUGUACGUCGAGCACGGUCCUAGUCUGUUUAUCGACUGUCCGCCAUAUACGACGCUGUACUUCGUGAUGGGGUCACCACGAGAAACGCAGAUCUGGCACAAGGUGAUCCGACAGGUGGCACACAAAAAUGGAACAACGCUACACGGUCAGCAGCUGACGCGCGGUGACGUACCGGUGCUGAUCGACAAGUGUAUCAACUUUAUCUACGCCCACGGUUCCAUGUCGGAGGGUAUCUACCGGAAAUCCGGCUCACAGUCGGCCAUGGUACGCAUCCUGCAACUGUUUAACGAGGAUGCGUUCAACGUGCAGCUUACGCGGAACGAAUACAACGAGUACGAUGUGGCGGGUGCGCUGAAAAAGUUCAUCCGCGAGCUACCGGGUUCAUUCUUCGGCAGCUAUGCGGCAUCGUUCGUUGCGAUCGGUACGCUAAGCGGUGCGGCGGACGGACAACAGCUCAAGAUCGAUUCGUACCGUCAGUUACUCGAACGAUUGCCACGAAUCGAGUACUGUACGCUGAAGAAGCUGCUUGGCCAUCUGGCAUUCAUUGCAUCGCUCGAGCCGCACAAUCGGAUGGGUAUCCCCAAUCUGGCGAUGAUCUGGGGCUCGGUACUGCUUGCGAACGCUAGCCAGAACACGGUACAGGAGCGGAGUGGCUACCAUCAGCAGGAUGCGGAUGUUGUUGCGGAUCUGAUUCGCCUGUACAGCAACCUGUUCCCGGUGGCCGCUGACGAGCUGUACAAGGAGCAACUGAUGCUGACGGUGCUGAAGAAGUACCAUGCGGCGGCGGAAAAUCUGUCCGACGCGGUUAAACAUUCGGGCGAUUUGAAGGUGUGGAUAACGAUCGACUGCGACAAUCCACCGGAAGUGGAGAGCAGUAUACGCGUCGUUGGGAAAAACAGUACCGGAAAGGAGGACAAAGCACAAGUUAAUGUGGAUGUAAAUCCAACCAAGACUGCCGCUGAUAUAUGCAAGGAGCUGGCAGCAAAAACCAAACACCCCUGGUACAAACUAACGCUGUACGAGGUGAUCGCAAACGAUGCACUCAUCCGUCCCAUACACUACAGCGAGAAGGUGCUUGAGAUAGUUGUUCGGUGGACGUACUGGGACGAGUCGGAUCGUAAAAAUAACUACCUAACGCUUAAGCCAACGACUACACUGAAUGAUGUGUAUCGAACCAUCCAGAAAGCACCGGUAUUGACACCGACGAUGGAGCUGAGGUUUGCUGAGCGCAAGACAAAGACCCUGCGCAGCUAUCAGCUCCAGCUCAUUGGUCGUGGAUUGGUGGUGUUGAAAAAGAUGGAAAAGAAGGACAAAGGUUUCGAGGAGGUGGCGAAGAUCGAUCUCGCGCAAAUGACGGCGUAUAUCGGAUGUGAGCCGAAGCGUGACUGUUCCAGCCUACGGUGGGCAAUCACACUAGUGGAUCAUAGUUUCAAGAAAAGAACACGCGAUUCACCGUACAUCGGCCAUGUGUUUGGUGGAUUCGAUUACGCUAGCCAAAUACUGUGGUAUUCGAGCAUUCUUUACAGUCAGUAUAAGGACGACAUUCUUCCUAGCGGGGAUUUGUUUUUCUAAACCGAACGUUUUUAUUUUUAUCUAGGAAAGCCCUUAUUAGUAAGUAAGUACAUGUGCAUUUUACAUUUUUGAUGUUAUAUAGUUAAAGAACUAUAACCAUGCAAAAGAGGGGUGGAGUGAGGGAUAAUAGGGAAUAGAUGAUCGUGAGCAAAUGUGCAUUAUAGAAUUAUUUGUUUUUAAAUAUCGAUUGUUAUACAUAUGUUAUCUAAAAUUUUUAUAAUGUGUAUUCAGCAGUAACCGUACCGUUAAUGUGAUCGCAAUAAUGCGGAAUUGAGCCAUAUUAAAAUACGUUCAUUCCAAACGAUAUAGUAAAAAGUUAAACAUAGUUGCCGUUACGUAAGAUUACAUUAAUUGUAACAAUAAAAUUAGACCUAAUCUGUUUGUUGAAAA